AUGCCUCUCGAUACUUCAACUUACUCACUUGCGCUAUUAAGGUUGGACGGUAGACGAUGGAAUGAACUCCGAAGGAUCUCUGCUCAGAUCAGUACUCAACCUUCGGCUGAUGGAUCCUCCUAUUUAGAAAUGGGCAAUACAAAAAUUAUCUGUACGAUCACUGGUCCAUCUGAUGGAAAAGCUACAACAAGGCUAGCAUCAACAAAUGUCGGUGGAGUGGACAGGGCGGAUAUACAAGUUGCUAUAAACAUUGCGGGAUUUAGUGGUGUGGAUCGAAAACGAAAGGCAAAAAAUGACAAGCGGCUUACAGAGAUGCAAACAAUCAUUGCGAACGCCUUUGCUGAAUCUCUCUUCACAAAUCACUACCCUUUUAGCACUAUCAGCAUAAAUCUUGAUAUUCUAUCUCAAGACGGUUCAAUUCUAGCGGCACUUAUCAACGCAUCGACAUUGGCCCUUAUUGAUUCCGGCAUUCCGAUGCGUGAUUACAUCAGUGCGUGUACGGCAGGAUCAACCUCGUCGUACUCUUCCAAUGAUGAAGCAGCUGAUCCAAUACUUGACCUGAACAAUAUGGAAGAACAAGAACUACCUUCACUAACCGUAGCAACACUUGGUGCUUCAAAUGAUGUCUCUGUACUGAUGAUGGAGACUAAAGUUCAACUAGGUCGCUUCGAGGGAAUGCUCGCCGUGGCCUUGGAUGGCUGCAAGCAAGUCAGGAAGAUUCUCGAUGGAAUCGUAAGAGAGAAAGGUGCUAAGAUCCUUGGUAGCAAUUCAUAG